AUGAGAAGACCAUCAUCAGGUUUAUCUAGAAGAGAUGGAGCUAGCAUUCCAUUUAUGGGAUCUUUACACCCAAAAUCACGCCCAUCACCUUUCCUUUCCAUUGGGCUUGUACUACUGGGGGCUUUUCUGAUAAUUGGGUAUCUUUACAGUGGUUCAGGUGGAAACAAUGCUGCUUUUAAUAGACUUGAAGGUGGUGGAUCAUGCACAUCUGAAAUCUUUCAAGCAUUGCCAUAUCUGAAAAAAGCAUAUGGAGAGAGCAUGCAUAAAAUCCUCCAUGUGGGCCCCGACACGUGUGCAGUGGUGUGGAAUUUGUUAAAAGAAGGGGAUGAUAAAGAAACAGAAGCAUGGGGUGUGGAGCCAUAUGAUUUGGAUGAUAGUGAUGCCAAUUGCAAGAGUCUUAUAAGAAAAGGAAUUGUUCGUGUAGCUGAUAUCAAGUUUUCUCUUCCUUAUAGAUCAAAAUCUUUUUCACUUGUUAUUGUGUCAGAUGCAUUGGAUUAUUUGUCCCCAAAGUACCUCAAUAAGACACUUCCGGAAUUGGCUCGGGUUUCUUCGGAUGGAUUUAUUAUUUUCUCAGGUUAUCCUGGGCAACGGAGUUUGAAAGUUGCUGAGCUGUCGAAAUUUGGACGCCCUGCGAAACUACGAACUGCUUCUUGGUGGAUUCGGUUUUUUGUUCAAAGCAGAAUAGAAGAGAAUGAAGAAGCAAUCAAGAAGUUUGAAUUAGCUGCAGCUGAAAAACACUAUCAAUCAUCAUGCCAGAUUUUCCACCUUAAAUCAUUCAUUUAAAACACCCCUCAAGGUUAAUUAAUUAUUAUUAUAAAGUUUAUAAACAUUACACGAUUCUGUAUGUGUUUUUUAAAAAGAAGAAAAAAAUUGGUAUUUAUUGUAAAUUUUUGGUUUAGCAUCAUUCAAGAUGAUGUAGUUUGUUGUAACUUUAUAUGAUAUGUUUUUAUGUAGUUUUGGAUAAUAGUGUCAAUUUAGUCUGUUUGCUUAAAGAGUUCUUCUGGUUGCCUACUUUUUCAUUCUUUUGGUGAAAAAUGAAAAUGCAUUAGAAGCAAUGUUCUUAGGGAAAUUAUUAUAACUAUUGUAUCAUUUUUUUUUU